GGGGGACUGGAUAACUACCGUCGUGUUGAAGAGACAUGUUUAAGCGGACCAUCCCAUUGCUUCAAAGGGUGUCGAAGCCGUUUUAUAUAACCACGCCGAUUUUCUAUCCGAAUGCGGCACCCCAUCUGGGCCAUUUGUAUUCGAUGCUUCUCUGUGAUGUUCGUAAUAGAUGGGCAAAGCUAUCAGGCAAUGAUAGUUUCUUCACCACUGGUACUGAUGAGCAUGGAUUGAAGAUUCAGCUGGCUGCUGAGGCAAAGAAUGUGCCACCGAAACAGUUUGUCGAUUCUUUGGCCUUGGUGUUCAAGGAUUUGGCUGCCACGUGUAGCAUAGACUACGAUCGAUUCAUCAGAACAACAGAUGAGGACCACGUCAAGGCUGUUGAGCAAGUAUGGAACACUUUGCAAGAGAAGGGCUGGAUAUAUGAGGGUGAACAUGAAGGAUGGUAUGCAAUCAGUGACGAGACGUUCUAUCCAAGGACACAGAUCAAGCAGGAAGAGGACGGGAAGUGGGUCUCGAUUGAAUCUGGAAGUGAGGUGAAAUUGACCAAGGAGAAGAACUACUUCUUCAAGCUGAGUGAGUUCAGAGAGAAGUUGAUACAACUUUUAGAGAGUAAUCCACAAUGGAUCAUACCAGGGCAGAAGUAUAAUGAACUAUUGAACGAACUCAAGUCCCAGCCUUUAGCUGAUUUGUCAGUAUCGAGACCAUCUGCUCGUCUCAAAUGGGGCAUUCAAGUGCCCGGUGAUGAUUCGCAGAGAAUUUACGUCUGGAUAGACGCACUGGUGAACUACCUGACCUCAUGUAAAUACCCAGAGCUCAACCAGUAUUGGUCGAAUGCUACGCAUCUCAUAGGUAAGGAUAUCAUCCGUUUCCAUUGUGUGUACUGGCCUGCGUUGUUAAUGGCUGCUGAAAUUCCAUUGCCGAAACAGGUUGUUGUCCAUGGACAUUGGCUCUGUGAAGGAAGCAAGAUGAGUAAAUCCAAAGGAAACGUUGUUGAUCCUCUGCAAAUAAUUAAUGACUAUGGAGUUGAUCCUGUGAGAUUCUUCUUGUGUGAAAAUAGCGUCCUCAAUGGUGAUAACAACUUCAGUGUGGAGAGCCUACAAAGAAGCCGCGAUCAGUUAGUUGAUAAGUAUUCCAACCUCGUGAUGCGUUGUUGUGGUAAGAAGUUCAAUGUUGAGAGAGCAUUGAAAGAGUACGAUACUUUGAACGAACACCAGUUCGAAGAUCCAAUCUUACAGCAGCAAUUAACCAAUUUGAAGCAAUCUAUCAACUCACUAUACGACAAGAUGAACACUGAUAUGGUUCAGUUGAACACUGCGGCUGCCAUUCAAGAAUUUUGGAGUGUCAUAUCUGAUGCGAACCAAUUUAUCCAAGAUAGCGAACCAUGGAAGCGUGAGCAACUGGAGAAGGAUCUCAUCAUUCUAAUGGGUGUGGAAACAGCAAGAGUAGCAAGUAUCCUCAUCCAGCCAGUGAUGCCUGAGCUAUCUUUGAAAGUUCUUGACAGAUUGAAUGUUGUCAAUAGAGAUUUGUCGCAUGCCAAGUUUGGGGCCGAUAAGAGCUAUGGCAAAGGUAUUAACCGAGCAGGAGACUAUCCAAUGACUAAAUGAACAACACACACUGUAAAUAUACCAUCUAUAUCAUGUAUAUAAAUACACUAUGAACUAUCGAA